GUGUUGAAUUAAAGCACUUUUUUUUAGUAGGGCAGUAAACCUUUUUUUAUACAACUCUAAAUUAUGCCUCCUCAACGCAAGGGCAGAAAGGGCAAUCGUGGAAACAACAACAACGGCUCUGCUACAGCUGGUUCCAACAGCAAAAUUAAGAAAAACAAAAAGUCGUUCAGUGUUAAUGACGUCUUUGAAGCCGAUGACAACGAGCGAUCGUUAAAACGAAAGGGACAUGAUUUAGACGACGUUGACGACUAUGAAUACAACAAUGGUGAUGCCAUUGCUUCCGAAGACGACGAAGAGAUUGAAUCCGAUGAUGCUUUUAACGAGUCUGACGAUGAACGUUUUGAACAUUUCAAAUUCUCGGGUUCGAACAAGGAUAAAAAACCAAAAAAGGUUGAAGAGAACGGCGACGACCAGGAGGUUUCCGAACAAGAAAUUAACAUGAACGAAAGUGAAGACGAUAAUGACUACGACGAUGGAGAAGAUGACGAGGAGGAUGGUGAAGGAUUCAUGGAUUUGUCAACAAUGCUUGACGAUGAUGCCGACGAGAACAAAUCUUCCCACAGGGAUGCUGUCAAAGCAUUGAUGCAACAAGGUGACAGCGACAGCGAGGAAGAUGAAGAAGCAAUGCUUCCAUCAGACGAUGAUGAUGAAGAAGAAGACGAGGCCAUGGAAGAUGACGUCAAGUUUAUUGAUUCACUUGAAACCAAAAAGCGUAAACGAGACGAAGCCGAGCUGGCUAAAAAGCGACAGCGACAACAAGAACGGACCGAAGUAUACGAAGAAAACGAAUUUAAUUUGCUAGCACGGUCGACAGCGACUGGUGGCAACAAGAAACUCGACCUGAACGACUUGAUGGGCACCAUGGAUAACGAGGGAACGUUUACGACGAUGCGUAAAUCGCUUUUGGAGUUAGACGGUAAAGGCAAGAACGUGGUGAAAUCGGCACUCGAAGCACCUGUAGCCAAGCGUCUCCAGGACCGAGCCGAUCGUCAAGCAGCAUACAAAGAAACCAACAAGGAAGUGUCCCGUUGGGAUGCAACUGUGAAUGAAAACCGUCAGGCCGAGCAUUUGCAUUUCCCGCUCCAGGCACCAAAGAAGAGACAAACGACGACCAGUGCUACAUUGGCAAGCAAGUUCGCAGCCCAAACGACCAUGGAACAGCAGAUUGAGGCCGCAUUGGCCGAAGCAGGCAUGAAGGAAGAAGAAUUGGAAGAAUUCGAGGCACUUCAGUUGAACAAAUUGUCUGUGGAAGAAGUCCAGCGUCGUCGUCAGGAACUGCAGAUGAUGCGCGAACUCAUGUUCCGUAGCGAAAUCAAAGCCAAGCGAUUGAAAAAGAUCAAGAGUAAGAGUUAUCGUAAGCUCCAGCGCAAAGAAAGGGCGCGACAGGAAUUGCAGGCAGCUGGUCUUGGUAAUGAGGUGGAUCAUGAAAUGACGGCCGACCAGCAGAUGGAGGCCGCCAUGGCCCGCGCCGAGGAACGCAUGUCGCUCAAGCACAAGAACACAAGUCAGUGGGCUAAACGGGCAUUGGCGCGUGGACAACAAGACGAAGGCACUCGAGAAGCUAUCUUAGAUCAGCUUCGUCGAGGCGAUGAGCUGCGGAAAAAGGUGCACGGUGGCGCAGACGGGUCAGAUUCAGAUUAUAAUAGUGAUGACGAUGAUUCAGACGGCGACGAUGAAGGCCAUCAGGACGCAAUUGCCAAUGACCUAGUGAAACUGCAACAAGAGAUUGACCAAGAAGCCCAAGAUACCCAACCUAAGAAGGGCCUUCUUAACAUGAAGUUCAUGCAGGAUGCAGAGAAGCGCAAAAUGGCAGCUACCAAGGCCAUGGUGGACGAUUUCCAAAACAAAUGGCUCGAUGAAGAUAGUGAGGAGGCAGAAGCAGAGAAAGCGGCUGGUAAACUUGUACAAAACAAUCCUGGUCGAUUAGCAUUUGGCAGUAAUGUCAAGGGCAAGACUGCUGAAUUAAGCUCCAAUGACAAUGCCAACGUCGAAUUAAACGAUGCAGGCCAGAUCAAAAAGGUAUCCCAUACAGCAGCACACAACACACGCACAUCAGGCGCCGUAGAAACCAGCAGUAGCAAACAAAAGAGCGCAUUAGACGCAGAGCUCGACAAUAACUCUGAUGCAAACGUCAGUCCAUGGUUACAGCAAGUCGAAUCACGUGUCAAGGGCAAGAAGGCUUCAAAGAAGCACAAUACAGCCAAGGGCAAGAUUGACGAUAAAGCAGAGCUGAAUAUCGAAAAGAUCAAGAAGUCGCGCAAGGGUGCACAAGAAACUGAAGAUAUUGAACUUGAUCUUACACAAACAUUGUCUAUGGACAAGAAAAAGAAAAACAGCAGCAAAAAGACAGAGGCCACCAUAGCUGCGCCCUCUGAUACAACCACCAUCAAAGAAGACACAGCAUCAAAACCAUCGCAACAACAGCAGCAACAACCAGCAGCAGCAAGCAAAAAGAAGCAAGCCACAGUAACAGCAACCCAACUGAAUGAUUCCGAUGAUGGUGAAGACUAUUCCUCAGAUGACAAUGAUGCUGGGAUGGUACACGCAUCCAACAAGAAAGUGGCGUUUGCCCAAAAGGAACUUGUAGCCCGUGCAUUUGCGAAUGAUAAUGUGGUGCAAGAGUUUGAAGAAGAAAAGGCAGCAGUGGUUAAGGAACAAGGAGACCAGACCGAAGAUUUGACAUUACCUGGCUGGGGUGCUUGGAGUGGUAAAGGCAUGAAGAAGAACAAAAAGAACAAGAUUGUCAAGACCACCAAGGGAGUGGAUCCAUUAAAACGAAAGGAUGCCAAGCUCAAGAAUGUCAUUAUCAAUGAAAAGCGAAACAAAAAGGUUGAGAAAUAUGAAAUUACUCAAGUACCCUAUCCGUUCCAAACAAUGGAGCAGUAUGAACGGUCGCUCCGUGCUCCUGUGGGCAAGGAAUGGAAUACGCGCGAUACGUUCCAGAAGCUUACCAAACCAAGAGUGCUUACAAAACUGGGCACUGUCAUCAAUCCUCUCGACGCCCCUUUCAAAUAAUGUUUUAUCAUCAUUCCACAUUCCCAUCUACCCGUCCCACCCCUUCCAUAAAAGUAAUCAUAAUAAAAAGUUAUCAUCGU